ACAACAUACAAAAAAACAAGAGAAGAACAUUCAAUUUAUUGAAUCAUUGGUGAAAAAGGGUAGGGGAAAUUAAUCUCCCCAACCCUCCUAACCACAAAUAUUGAAAUGAAAGUUUGGGAAAAAACAACAGGAAUUCUCAAAGACAAGAACAGCAUUUGGGUUGCAAAAUUAUCAAGAAAGGGUCCAUGGCGUAAUCCUGAUCUUGAAACUAUUAUAAUCAAAGCAACAAGCCACGACGAAAACCGAAUCGAUUUUAAAAACGUUCAAAGAGUUUUCAAAUGGUUAAGAACCUCUCCUUUGUAUUUGAAACCUCUUAUUUGGUCUCUCUCAAUGCGUAUGCAAAAAACUAAGAGUUGGGUUGUCGCUCUUAAAGGCUUAAUGCUCAUUCAUGGCGUUUUUUGCAUUGGUAUUCCUGUCGUACAAAAAAUGGGUAGGUUACCUUUUGAUUUAUCCAAUUUCAAUGAUGCUUAUUUGAACCCUUCAAAAGCCUGGGAUGUUAAUUCCUUUGUUCGUGCUUAUUUCGCUUAUUUGGAUCAAAGAUCUGCUUUUGUUUCCUCUGAUCUUAAGAGUUUGAACAAAAAUAACAAGAAGGAUAUCCAAGUUGAAGAGACCUUGAUGGAAGAGCUUGAGAAGUUGCAAAAGUUGCAAUCUUUGAUUGAUAUGCUUUUGCAAAUUAAACCAAGGGAUGUCAAUUACCUCAACAAUGUUUCUUUGAUUCUUGAAGCAAUGGAUUGUGUUAUAGUUGAGGUUUUUGAUGUUUAUAGUAAGUUUUGUAACAGGAUUGCAAGGGUUUUGUUGAGGAUAUAUGAUGUUGGUGGAAAAAUCGAAGCUUCUAUAGGACUUAAGAUUUUGCAAAGAGCUUCUAUUCAAGGUGAUGAAUUGUCUUCAUAUAUUGAGUUUUGUAGGGAUAUUGGUGUUCUUAAUGCUUCUCAAUGUCCUAAGAUUCAAAAAAUAUCUAAAGAAGAUAUUGAAGAUCUUGAGAAGAUCAUUAGUGGUGCUUAUGAUGCCAAGAAAAGCUUGGAGGGUGUUGAUGAGAAUGAAGAUUACAAGGCUUUUGUGGCAAUAGAUGAUUGCUUGCAGCACAAGCAAUCACAUAAUGGAUUGAAAACAGUGAUCACUCACCAAUGGGAGGUAUUUUAUGAUGACACAGUGGUUUAUGAUGUUAAAGGAAAUACUGUCUUCAAUGGUGAGAAGGCUAAUAUCAAUGUCAUUGAUACAACCAACCCUUUUAAGGAGGAACAUUCAUAUAGCCUUGUACCUUAUUUUCCUGUUCACGUUAAUCAAGUUCUUCCUGACCUAAUUAGUUUGUAGAAUCAUACUAUAGCAAUAUUGAUAUGUUCAUGUAUUUUUUUAAAAAAAAAAAUAUUAAUGUUCAUAUACAUGAUUGCUUUUUCAAUAUAUAAGAUUCACUAUCUAUUAAGAA